UGGCUCGCAAAUUUGCCGCAGAACAUUCACUACUGGUCACAUGCAGGACAUUAUUUCUCUCUUGAAGGCCUUGGGAAUUGGUGGGUAGCGACGAAUCCUGCGGAGUGGCCGAGGAACAGAGAAGAGCUUGACAAGAUCCUUGCAGACUUCGAGCGCGUUCCGGAGAACCUUGGGAGCGGGAGGUUCGGAGACAGGAGGCAGGAGAUCGUCUUCAUUGGCAUCGACAUGGACCAGGAGGCGAUCGAGGCGCUGAUGGACGGCUGCCUGCUCACCGACGACGAGAUGAAGAUCUACAUCCAGAGG